AUGGGGCUUCAAGUGGAGGUAGAUUUUGCCUGUGGAUUUCUGUUACUGCUCCUUCAUAUCCUGAGAGCUGUUAUUGCACUGGAGGAGAAGAUCAUCAUCAGUAAACUCGGAGACAACGCUACACUGAGUUGCAUUUAUCGAGAAAGAGAAUUGCACUUAAAAAAUCUACGGGUAUAUUGGCAAAUAGCUGAUGAUCAAGAAGAGUGUUCAGUUGUACAUGCACUGAUCUCUGGUCAAGACAACGAAAGUGAACAGUGUAUUCACUUUAAAAACAGGACUCAGUUAUUCUGGGAUAGACUGGAAAAUGGCAACUUUUCUCUGCUACUACUAAAUGUCAGCCAGAGCGAUGAACAUACGUACCAGUGUGUAGUACUGCAGACAAAUGAAUAUACCAAAGUGAUUCACCAGGCACAAGUGGUUCUCAGUUUAGCAGCUAGUUAUAGCCAACCAGUACUCAUUGGACCGAUAAGAAACAGUAGCAGCACUGAAGAGGAGAUGACUUUCAGCUGCAGGUCCAGCAAUGGAUACCCAAAGCCCAAUGUUUACUGGAUAAAUAAAACAGACAACAGCCACCUGCCUCCAUCAGAGCUCAAGAUCACCUCUGACACUGAUGGCACUUACAACGUUUUUAGCACGCUGAAGGUUAAAGCCACUUCUAACAUGCAAAUAGAGUGCUCCGUAGAAAAUAAAAUACUGCGGGAAAACCUGUCAGCCAACUACACACAGCAGAAGCAAAGCAGUGGUUCUAGCACAGAAAGUCAGAAAAACCUGGAAAAAAGUGGACGAGGUGCUCAAGCGUCUGCCAUCGUUUCCAUUGUCAUUCUGAUAGGUGUUCUACUAGCUGUUUUAACCUGCUGGCUGUGGAGACGGAGGUCCUCUAGACUAGUGUCCUACACAGAUGUCCAACCAGAGGAAGACAAAGGAGGACUCAACUCACCUGUCUAAGUGGAAAGCCUGCCAACAAUUUGGGCAGCUAUGGAGAUGUGUCAAGAGAAGCAUCACCCCCCCUCUCUCAGUGGCAGCAUUGCUUGUAAUACAAGUGACAGAUUUCUGCAGAGAGAUGGCAAAAAAAAAAAGCUUCUCCAACACAAAAGACAGCAAAAUCCACUGGAUUUCUGUUCCAGCCACUGGCCGUGUCCACACAACGGUUGUGUCACCACACCGGCUAUCACUUUGGACAGUCCUCUGUGAUAGUCUGUCAAUGUUUUGAGCUCCUGCACUGGGGAAAGCCUGGGACUUAGCUACCCCAUGGCAGAGCGCUGAAAGCUGCCAAGUGCCCAGUCUCUCGUCAUC